UCAAAUUUUAGUUCAAUCGUCUUCUUUCAGAGAAUGACCUCGGAAGGCCAAGAAGUGGUGAAGGCCAAGCCCAACCGGCGGGUUUUCGCCCCCAAACCUUUGGGUGCGCGCUUGAAUAAAAUCCCAGAUGAGAUUCUCAAUGACCCCGAGCUUGAAGCUGAUAUGAGCGUGUUACCUAAACAUUACAACUUUGAGAUCCAUAAGACCAUUUGGCGGAUCAAGAGCUUAAAUGCUAAACGAGUAGCCCUGCAAAUGCCAGAAGGCCUCACAUUAUUCGCCACCGCCAUUGCCGACAUUCUUGAGAAAUAUACCGGGGCUCAAAGUGUUAUCAUGGCAGAUGUAACUUACGGAGCUUGCUGUGUGGAUGAUUACUCUGCUGUUGCGUUGGGAUGCGAAUUGAUGGUGCACUAUGGCCAUAGCUGCUUAGUGCCCGUAGACCGAACCAGUGGGAUAAAGAUGUUGUACGUGUUUGUUGAUAUCAAAAUCGAUCCCCUUCAUUUCCUGGAGACAAUCAACUUUAACUUUGGGGAGCUGGACCCAAAACCUAAACUGGGAUUAGUGAGCACGGUUCAAUUUGUUGCCACUCUGCAUUCUGUGGCCAAAGAGCUAAAGGAGACCUAUGGCUUCCAGGUCACCAUUCCUCAAGCCAAGCCCCUUUCUGCCGGGGAAGUUCUUGGAUGUACUUCACCCCAAAUCAAGGACGUCGAUUACUUGGUUUAUUUAGGUGAUGGGCGUUUUCACCUUGAGUCCGCCAUGAUUGCCAACCCAAAAUUAAAGACAUACAUGUACGACCCCUAUUCAAAGAAGUUCUCGCAAGAAUUCUACGACCAUAAGUUGAUGAAACAGAACCGAAAGUCGAUGAUUGACAAGGCUCAAGAAGCCAAUGUUUGGGGCAUCAUUUUAGGCACCUUAGGCCGACAAGGAAACCCCAAGAUCCUGGAUCACCUCGAGCAGAAGAUCAAAGAAUCGGGUCGUAAGGUGGUCACAUUGCUACUCUCGGAAAUAUUCCCCCAAAAAUUGGCUCUCAUGACCGACGUGGAUGCUUGGAUUCAGAUUGCCUGUCCAAGAUUGUCCAUUGAUUGGGGAAUGUCCUUUGGCAAGCCUCUGCUCACUCCCUAUGAAGCAUCUGUGGCCCUGGAGAGCGUGAAGUGGCAAGACAAUGUCUAUCCUAUGGAUUUCUAUAGUAAUGAAAGUCUUGGGCCAUGGACUCCAAAUCACAAAACCCGACCAAUCAUCAGUGUUGAGGAGAAAUCAUGCUCGAAAGGCUCAUCCAGUUGUACGGGGGAUUGUUCAAAGUGAGGAGAGGACAAUAAAAGACUUCACACAACCUUUAAAGACAAAA